CGUCCCGCCCACGCGCACGCAGCACCUCGCCUGACUGGGUAGCGCUGCCACGUCGGGGCGGGGAAGAGCGUCGUCGCGUCCGGGUGACGUCUCCCGCGGGCGUCGGCAGGGUCGGCGGCGUCGGCAGCAGUGUCGACGGCAGCGGCGGCGGCGGCGGGUGGGAAAUGGCGGAGUAUCUGGCCUCCAUCUUCGGCACCGAGAAAGACAAAGUCAACUGUUCAUUUUAUUUCAAAAUUGGAGCAUGUCGUCAUGGAGACAGGUGCUCUCGGUUGCACAAUAAACCGACGUUUAGCCAGACCAUUGCCCUCUUGAACAUUUACCGUAACCCUCAAAACUCUUCCCAGUCUGCUGACGGUUUGCGCUGUGCCGUGAGCGAUGUGGAGAUGCAGGAACACUAUGAUGAGUUUUUUGAGGAGGUUUUUACAGAAAUGGAGGAGAAGUAUGGGGAAGUAGAGGAGAUGAACGUCUGUGACAACCUGGGAGACCACCUGGUGGGGAACGUGUAUGUCAAGUUUCGCCGUGAGGAAGAUGCGGAAAAGGCUGUGAUUGACUUGAAUAACCGUUGGUUUAAUGGACAGCCAAUCCACGCCGAGCUGUCACCUGUGACGGACUUCAGAGAAGCCUGCUGCCGUCAGUAUGAGAUGGGAGAAUGCACACGAGGCGGCUUCUGCAACUUCAUGCAUUUGAAGCCCAUUUCCAGAGAGCUGCGGCGGGAGCUGUAUGGGCGCCGUCGCAAGAAGCAUAGAUCAAGAUCCCGAUCCCGGGAGCGUCGUUCUCGGUCUAGAGACCGUGGUCGUGGCGGUGGCGGUGGCGGUGGUGGAGGCGGCGGCGGACGGGAGCGUGACAGGAGGCGGUCGAGAGAUCGUGAAAGAUCUGGGCGAUUCUGAGCCAUGCCAUUUUUACCUUAUGUCUGCUAGAAAGUGUUGUAGUUGAUUGACCAAACCAGUUCAUAAGGGGAAUUUUUUUUAAAAAACAACAAAAAAAAAAACAUACAAAGAUGGGUUUCUGAAUAAAAUUUGUAGUGAUAACAGUA